AUGCAAGCGGAAUCAAGUACUUCGACCAUGAGCACUGCUCAGAGUGGAGCGGACAGAGGAAGUGGUGUACUGGCUGGAAGCGAGGAUGCACCGGAAGAGCUGCAGAGGAAGGAUAUUCACAACGUACAUCGGGAUCUGGGGAAGCGUCCAAGAACAGAGGAACAAAUUACAGAAACCAGUGGCGAUUCUUUUGCAAAUGUCGAAGGGCCUUCAAGAAAGAGGCAGCGAACUGUUGUGGCAGAAGGAUCGAGCGAGACUGCAGUACAUCCCGAAUUUUUGCCAUCCCCACCGCUGGAACUCAAUUUGCAUAUGGAAGAACAAGACAAAAGAUCAGAGAUCGACGAGGACGAUGAGGACGCGGACGGAGACGAGUCUCUGGUUGAAUCUGAAUUGCAGGGGUUUCUGCUUCCAGGUUCCGGCUCUCAGGAAUCCUUAAUAUCGACAUCGACCAUACGAGGAGUACCCAUAGAGGCUCGUGUAGAGCCAGAGGCGGCUAGCGGGGAUUCAUCUGCUGCGGGCUCUAGUUGUUCGCAAUCACCCGCUCCCGCCUCUCAUGCAGAACCGAUUAAGCAGGGCGAAGUGAUUGAUGUAGAUGCCAUGCCGUCUACGUCCUACGCGUCAUCUUCGAGCUCUGACCCGAUAGCCUCGACCAGCGCACAACUUCCUCAACCGGUGGCGUCGUCUUCUCGUCUCUCUGCUUUUCCCUCCUUUUCUAGCGUUGUGACUGCCCCUCCACAGACGGAAGUGCCCACGAUAGAGCCGCUGUCGGAAUACACUUGUCCAAUAUGUUUCUCACCGCCGACAUAUGCGACGCUCACACCCUGCGGACACGUGUGCUGCGGAGAGUGUUUAUUUGCUGCAGUCAAGACGACGAUGCAGCGUGCCACAUAUUCGGGCGUACUCGGCGAGAGGACGACUGCUCGAUGUCCUGUCUGUCGAGCGGCCAUCCCGGGAUGGGAUGGGAAAGGUGGUGGGGUCAUUGGACUCAAGCCGAGAGCUGUGUUUAGCCUCUGA